UUCAUGAAUCUCGAGCCGGAAGAGGUGACGGCCACCACAAUGAAAUACCUGAAGACGGUACAGCAGCUAGAGAAAGGCCUGCCCCCCAACGAUGUGGUCACCAUGCUGAAGAAGAAAGUGGAGGUCAUGAAACAG